AUGGUCAGCGAUCUGCUGGGUAUGGAACUCUACUUCCAUCGCGUGCAACCGAAACUGCCCCAACCCAGCCGUCAUAUUGGGCAGCAGGACAGACAACCCCACGACUUGGUCGAGAAAGGAUGUCACAUCAAGGAGCUUGUCAGCGUGGGAUCUGAUGCAAAGGGUGUAAAGGGUGCAUCAGCAGCUGCAAGAUCAAUGUCACUAAAAUUUUCUCUCGCUCCAGCAGCUUGGGUGAUGCGGUGCGUUGAUGCCCAAAGAGCGGCAGGGAACCAAACAUACAAAUGCAUGCGUGUUGUCAAGUCAAUUCCGUCGUACCGUCCAAUGGUAAGAUUUUUGGCCAUUCAUGACGUUCCAAGACAAGACAGCAAAUACACAGCACGCCCGGCUGGUUCCGGUCAGGCUCAAAUGGUCGGACAUACUUUGUGCAACGCCAGUACACUAAAGCUUAAGCGGCGGCCACGUCAAAGUGACCUGGGACCCGCCGGUAUCCAAUCGGCUCAAAAGCGCUGGGUCCCCAUUUUCCGGGUUGUGAUCUAUGCAUCCGACGUUUGUGCCCAGGCCGACUGGCUCCAAACUGAAGAAGGUUAA